AUGCCAGAUAUCCCAUCCAUCAUCACUCGACCCCUCCCCAACGCCGUCACCUACGACCUCGCCGCGCGCGACCGCGUCACCAUCACCCUGCCCCCGCGCUCGACCUGGUCCAGCGGCCUGCACUGGCACCGGGACCACGACGAGUACCUGCGCGUCGUGCGCGGCCGCAUCCACGUCUCCCUGGGCGGCGAGAAGCGCAUCGUCGGCGCGGACGAGCCGGAGGUCCGGAUCCCGCGGUGCGCGUGGCACAGCUGGAGCCGCGCGGACGAAGACGGUGAGGUGGUCGUCGUGGAGAGGACAGAGCCGGUGGACUUGCAGAAGGCGGUGUUUUUCUGGAAUUUAAACGGCGUGGUUCUGGAUGCGCCCGUGCUGGAUGCAAAGCUGAAGAGGCUACCAUCGUGGGCGCGACACCUGCUAGUGGACUUUUGGGUCACCUUGAGCCUCUUUGUCAUUUUUCACCACCUCGACAACUUUCCGGUAUUUCUGAAUGCGCCUCUUCUGCUUCAGAGGUUCGUGCCUUGGCCGGAGGGGAAGGGUAUGGUGUCACAGGUUUCACAAAAGGUGGACUGGCUCUGUACGCACAGUGUGCUAUGGCUGGCGGCUGCUGUUGGUCGUGUCUUCGGUGUAGCGCCUGUUCAACGGCGAUACACACCAGCUUGUAUUUACUCGCAGUGGUGCGAAGACCAGCACAAGUCUAAAAAGACGUCCUAG